UUAUUAAAUCUUAAAAUUGUAAAGCCAUCCGUGACAUUACAGCCCAUCAGAAGUGGCGGUUACCCAAAAAACUGUAGAGCGAAUCGGAAAAUAAAUAAAUUUUGGAAUUUCUUUUGCGGAAAUGACGGACAAACCCAACAUGAAGGAAAACCUCAUGCAGGUAUUAACAGAAGCGGGAAUUGAAUUUCCCAAAACAGCAACAAUUGCACAACUUCGAUCACUCUGCGAUAAUGUGAUGGGAGUUGCUAGUAAUACAACUGCGGGUAAACUUAAAAAUUCUAAUCUUGGUGCCCAUACAUCGGCUGCUAUUACCACUGCUGCCACUGCUGCCUCUGCUGCCACUGAUACCACUGCUGCCUCUGCUGCCACUGAUACCACUGCUGCCACCGAUGUUACUGCUGCCACUGCUGCCACCGAUAACAUUACUGCUAAUAUCCCUAAAAACAAUACUACUUCUGUUACUUGUACACCUAUACCUGAUUUCACGAAAGCGGAUGAGUUGGAGCAAGAAAUUUCAAGGCUAAAAAAACAGCGUGAAAUCUUAACGCUGCAGCGGGAGAUCCAGCAACUUCAAAACCAAUCGUAUCAGGGCAAUUCUUUUGACAUAUCUACAAUUGAGGUUAUGGUGCCAAGGUUUUCAGGCGACGAUAGUUACGAUGUACGCAAGUGGUUUGGUGAGCUCGAGGAUGUCUUCGGCAUAAUGCAGGUCGAUACACGAAUGCAGUUGCUUUGUGUUCGUCGGUUGUUGGAUGGAACCGCAAAAUUAUUCGCCAGAACUGCCAUAGCAUCAGAUUACCUCAGCUUAAAAACAGCGUUGAUUGAACAGUUUGCCAUUUCUUACUCCCUGUUGGACGUAUAUGAGGAGCUAAAAGCACGAAAAUUGAAAAGCAGUGAGAGCGUUCAACGAUAUUUGUUGGAGAUGCAGUUGAUCGCAAGUAAAGCGAACAUACCCGAGCGGGAUUUGCUUGAUGCAGUUAUUGCCGGUAUAAACGAUAAAUCAGGGGCGGCAACGAUGCUUUACCAAGCAAAUAACUUACGUGAGCUUAAAAUUCAGAUAGAUCGUUAUGAAAAGUUCCGUCCGAGAGUGGCCACAAGUGUCAAAACCGUCAAACCAAAUGCUAUGGGUACAACUUCUGCACAGUCCGAGGAACCACGCUGUUACAACUGUUCACAAUUCGGCCACUACCAAUCUCAGUGCCCGAAGCCUAAGCGAGCAAUGGGUUCUUGCUUUAAGUGUGGGGAGUUGGGACACCUUUACCAGACUUGCCCGAAACGAGGUUUGGUCGCAGCUGUCAACAAUCCGGAGCAGAGGUCAACAUGUGAUGAGGAGGAAGCCGAAUUAGUUAGAGCAGUUCGUGAACUUCAAACGUCCGAGAAGUUUUAUUAAGAGGUCCUGUGUCCCAAAUAUGAAGCAUAAAAAGUUAGAGCGGUCGAAAUAUAAAGGAGUAGUGUGUUUCACAGGAACUAUCGGUAUUGCCGGAUACUGCUCUUGAUGUACCAUUGCUGAUAGGACGGGAUCUCUUGAAGAAAUUUAAUAUAUUUUUGUGUAAAUUUGGAACUAAAAUUAAAUAUUCCAAAAGUGAAUUAAUAAAAAUUAAAAAUGCCUCUCAGUUGAAAUAUUCA